AUGACAUCAUCGUCAGGAAUCCUGUUCAUUGCCAACAGCCACGACAUCACUUUGCAAGUGGCGACGGGAUUCACCGAAGUGCAGGCGACCGAAGCAGCGUCGACCAACAUCGGCAGGCCGCUCGCGCCUCGGUUGGCACCACGUCCUCCCGGGGUGACGGCGUCCCAGAAGCAGAAGACGGCGAAGUUGUACUCCUGUGACCUGUGUUCCUUCACCUCGAUUUAUGCCAAAAACACGAGGAACCACGUCCGCACUCACAGUGGCAAGGAGGAGGGGUUGUUGUGCCUAGUGUGCCUGCGUACGUUUCCGGACACGCACAGCCUGAAACGGCACGGCUUGACGCACACCGGAGAGAAGAAGUACAAGUGCAGCCUGUGCCCUUACGCGACCAUCUCGUCCACCUUCUUGCAGCGUCACGUGCGCACGCACACGGGCGAGAAAAACUUUGUCUGCGGCGUGUGCGCCUGUGUGUUCGCGAGGAUGGACACCCUGAAGAGGCAUAUAAACAAGGUGCACCUCGGCAAUAAACCCAGGAGAAGGAAAUAA